AAAAUUCCGUCGUCUAACUUCGAAUUUGAUUUUGACAGUUUGACACUGGUUUUAUAACUUAUAAAGUUAUAAAUUAUAAUUGGUUUUUGUUAGUUAAAAUAUUGAAAUGUUAUGUAGUUUUAUUCUUACAUAAAUGUGAUUAUUUCAAUUUAAUAUAGUGUCAUCAUUAUAAAUUAUGGAGAUUGAUGGUAAUGGUUCAUUUGAAGAGAAAUAUCUUUUGGUCGCUAAAGCUGACAAUGUUAAACACAUUUCGUCUUUGUUGAAGGCAGUUAAUUUUAAAGACGUCGGUGUAUGUUUUGCAACUGAACAUGGUUUAAAAAUUGUGGUAGAAGAUUCAAAAUGUGUACAAGCAAACACUUUUAUAGGCAGUGAAAUAUUUCAAGAGUAUCACCUUAAUGAUGAUACGGUUGCUUUUCGUGUUGACCUCAAUACAUUGAUUGAGUGUCUGACAAUCUUCGAUGGGUGUUCAACUAAUCCUAGUUCCACAACUGCUUUAAAGUUGACAUACAAAGAAUAUGGUUCUCCGGUGAAAUUAUUGUUAGAAGAAGGAGGUAUCAUUACCGACUGCUCGUUAAGAACAAUGGAAGUGUUCGAUAUCCUUGACUUCAGUAUACCAGCAGAAUCGACUACCAGUAAAAUUAUAUUAAGAUCCUCUGAUUUUAAAGAUAUUCUCAGUGACAUUGAUGGCACUUCUGAUUAUGUAGAGUUUACAUUUUCUGAAGAGCCACAGUAUUUUAAAAUUUUAACUUCUGGAAUUGCAGGAAAAUGUAGUGUUGAGAUUCCGUCCAAAAGUGAAAUAAUGGAACAGUUUGUUUGCAGUUCAACGAUUACUGUUAAAUAUAAAUAUAAACAAAUUAAACCUUUUUUAAAAUGUAUGAACAUAUCACAGAAAACAUUGAUACGUACAAAUGAGGAAGGACUGUUGUGCUGUCAAUUCAUGGUGCAAGUAGACAGCCACACUUGUUAUUUAGAAUAUUUUUGUACACCGAUUGUUGAUGAAGACUGAUGCAUCAAUUGUAAACAUAACAUAUUUUUUCAUUUCAUAAUAUGUUACUACAAAUUAUUAAUUGUUACUUAAUUUUAUAAUACAACUAAGACUAAUGUAAAUUAUGUUAUG